GCAGGGGUUAUAAAUAGAGCCUCCAGCUGACGGGGGAGAGAAAAUGAGCAUCGGCAUCCGGCGACCGCUCCAUGAUCUCUGUGAGGAGGAUGUUGCAGCAAGCUAUGAGAGUAUCCGGCCGCAGCGCCUUCCCCCUGCUCAAGUGGAUGGAGAGGUGGGCCGAGGGCGCAGCAGCCGGGACGGCAUCGAAGACGCUAGAUAACAUGCCCGGACCGUCGGUGCUCGGUUUCACCUGGGACUUAUUCCCACGAAGGGGGCUGUCAAAGCUGCACCAGCUACAGCUGGAGGGACUGCAGCGGUACGGCCCCAUGUGGAAGGCCAGCUUCGGCCCCAUCCUGACGGUCCACGUGGCUCAUCCAGCACUUAUCGAGCAGGUGCUUAGACAAGAGGGGCAGCACCCCUGCCGCUCUGAGCUUUCCUCGUGGAAGGACUACAGGAAGCUCAGAGGUCACCACUAUGGAUUGUUGACCUCUGAGGGAGAAGAGUGGCAAGAGGUGAGGAGUCUCCUGGCCAAGCACAUGCUGCGGCCCAAGGCGGUGGAAGCUUAUGACAAAACCAUCAACAACGUGGUCAGUGACCUCAUCGCCAAACUUCGCCAGCGCAGACAUCCCGAAGGCCUCGUCACCAACAUUACACAGGAGUUCUAUUACUUCGGCCUUGAGGGAAUCUCUUCUGUGUUGUUUGAAUCCAGACUUGGCUGCCUGGACCCAGUGGUCCCUCAGGAAACAGAAAAUUUCAUCCAGUCCAUCAAUACUAUGUUUGUAAUGACGCUCCCUACCAUGGUUAUGCCAAGAUGGUUGCACUGGCUGUUCCCCAUACCCUGGAAACACUUCUGUCGGUGCUGGGACAACAUGUUUGAAUUUGCUAAAGGCCAAAUUGACCAGCGCCUGAGGGAAGCAGAGAAAAAAAGCAGUGGGGGAAAAGUGGACGGCCACUACCUUGCCUACUUCUUGUCCCAGACGGCGUUGCCCAUGAAGACUGUUUACAGCAAUGUCACUGAGCUGCUGCUUGCAGGCGUCGACACUAUAUCCAGCACAAUGUCCUGGUCACUGUACGAGCUGUCCCGUCACCCUGACGUGCAGACCUCACUGCGUGAAGAAGUCUUGACAGUUAUGGAAGGCAGGACCGUGCCCGAGGCAGCAGAUGUAGCACGCAUGCCUCUCCUGAAGGCCAUAGUCAAAGAAGUGCUCAGGUUGUAUCCAGUCAUUCCUGCUAAUGCACGAGUCAUCACUGAGAGAGACAUCCAGGUUGGGGGCUACCUCAUACCUAAAAAUACUCUGAUAACCCUGUGCCACUUUGCAACAUCACGGGAUCCCACAGUGUUCCCAAAUCCUAAUGACUUCCUACCACACCGAUGGUUGAACAAGGACCAGACUCAUCAUCCAUAUGCAUCCGUGCCUUUCGGGGUGGGAAAACGAAGCUGCAUAGGGCGCCGUAUCGCUGAGUUGGAGCUUUACCUUGCUCUUUCCAGGAUCCUGAUAGAGUUUGAUGUGAGGCCAGACCCAAAAGGGGGUUCUGUGAAGCCCAUGACACGGACACUACUCGUUCCUGAAAAUGUCAUUAACCUGCAGUUUGUUGAACGAUGACCUACCGUUGUGAGGGUGCUGAGUUACGUGAACGUGACCACGACUCUCUCUGCAGAGGAGAGCACGCGGGCGGGGAGGAACCUGCUGCAGAUCAUGUCAGAAGACGCCCAUAGCAGGCCUGUGGAGUAGAGUACAGAUGCUGAGGUGCUCCACAGCAGAGUGACAAGCCUUUAGCUACUGUAAUGUUAAAACAGCCAUGAGAGCUCAUACAUGCACAAAGCCGUGAGCACCCUGAAUGUCCUCAGAUGGUUUCAUUUAUUAGAACUGGACUCAACAUGUUAAGCCUUUGGAGCUCAUUUUUGUAUUAGAUGUUAUGAUGCAAGCGUGAUUAAGAAAUGUGUUCAUUCAGGACGUGACCUCGCACAUCUUGAUCGAGCACACUAUCCAAACAUGUAGUGCGUGCUGUUCCAGUGUUUGAGAUAGGGCAGCAUCAUGGAGAAAAUUGUUAGUAGAGCUCUAGCAAUGGUAAAAGGAUGCAGCGAUUGGACCAUCUCCAGGCCUUAUUGAUGCACCACUGUGUUUAUGAAAAUGUUUGUCGUAAGGCGCUUAUGUUGUAAAUAUUUUGUGACGGGUACCUUUAAAGAAUCCGCAACCAAAUGGCAGCUGCUGUAAAUAUUUCUGCACAUUCAAACAUGGUGCAAACAUCUAUUUUUAAUUCACAAGGACUUGGUAAAUCUGGCUGUACUGUAGAGGCUAUGCUCACUUUUUUUUUUUUUUUUUUUACAAUUUGUAAACAUUAGUGUCUGUAUUUAUUCUAAAUUAAUAUGGAACUUUGAAACAGUUUUAAUUGUCAUUAAA